GAGAAAUGAGAAGGAAGCUUCCAAUACAUUUACGGGAGCAAGGUAUACUUUUACUUUCGCAAACGAACGGGAUCAUCGCGCACAUUUAAGAAUACGGACUGUCUCUGUAGCUAAAACAAAAUUGGUUGUUCACGGCUUUUAUGAUAUGUUCCGUCUCCCUCGCUGAGGUCGGUAUUAUUGUUGAAUGGAGGAAAGCCAAAAGAAGAUUCUUCAGCGCAACAGGACCAGUCUCGUGAGAGACCUGGACCCAUCAAACCUUUAUGAUGGCCUUAUUGAAAAGGGAGUUUUUACCCAAGACAUGAUCGACGAGAUUAAGAGCUCUGGGACCAGGCGUGAUCAGGCCAGACAAAUGGUCCGGGACCUGGAGACCCGUGGGAGUCGAGCUUUUCCAUUAUUUCUGGAGUGCCUUCAGGAGACGGGUCAGCACAGUUUGGCAGAGCUUCUUCAGAAUGGAGCUCCAGCAGUUCGGCUCCAGCCUGCAACACCGACUCAGGUUGUCCGACCUGUUCUCCAGCCUCUGCCAGUGUCCUCUCCUAUGGAUGUUGAUAAGCAAAGUAAAGUUGACGUCCCCGUCUAUCCAGUACCGAGACCCAGUACUACUCCGACUCCAUCACCUGAGUACAUAAGACCAAGGCCACAAGGCAGAACUCGACGGGAUAGCAUUCAGAGCUAUAAAAUGGAUGCCAGCCCAUGUGGACAUUGCCUCAUCAUAAACAACGUAGAGUUUGAACCUGAGAGCGAGCUGAGCAAUCGCAAAGGCUCCAACAUAGACUGUGACAAGCUGGAGAGAAGAUUCAAGGCACUCAACUUUAUUGUGGAAGUUAAGACGAACCUGAAACAAAGACAAAUCAAACAUAAGCUGUCGUCUUUAUGUAAGAAAGACCACUCACAAUACGACUGCUGCGUCGUCAUCAUGCUGUCCCAUGGGACUGAGGUGAGUCACAACCGCUUCCCUGGGGCCGUGUAUGGUGUGGAUGGACAGCAUGUCCCAGUUCAGCUCAUCACUAACUACCUCAAUGGCCAGCAUUGUCCCUCUUUACAGGGCAAACCCAAACUGUUCUUCUUCCAGGCCUGUGGAGGAGGUGAAAAAGACACGGGCUUUGAGGUGUCCCCUGAUGAGGUUGAACCAUCCGUCGGUGGAGCGGAUGAUCAGACGGACGCCAUUCCGAUGUCGUCCAGCAGCGACUCUCUGAGCACGUCUGACGAGCCGGACGCCAGAGCCACGCUGCCCACCCCGUGUGACAUUCUGGUGUCCUACUCUACUUUUCCGGGUUAUGUGUCCUGGAGAGACACCCAGUCAGGCUCCUGGUACGUGGAGACACUGGACCGGAUUCUUGAGGAGAAUGCUUCUACCGAUGACCUGGUCACAAUGUUGAUGAUGGUUACCAAUGAAGUCUCCAAAAACUCUGCAAAAGGGCUCUACAAACAAAUGCCCGGCUCCUUUAACUUCCUCCGCAAACUUCUCCACUUUCAAACCCAAGCAUAGAGGCAAAGCUCAGCGUUUCACUUCUCUGUGUCACUUUCAGGAAAUGUUUGUCUAAUUCAUGGCUGUAAUUCUUUGGGAUUAUGCCUCAGCAGAGUUGCAAAGUGUAGGACUUCUGACAAAUUGAGUAUUUUACAGACACAAUCCUGUUUUACUGAACAUGUCUAUUGUUUGUCUUGUCUUGCUGUGUUUUUAAUAGACGCCAACUUUUCUAAAUGAGCUUUUUGGGUAUAGGUGUCAUCUCGGAAAGAAAAUAUUUACGUACCGUGAAAAUGUGGUUCAGGUUAGUUUUUUUAUAU